UCCACCCACAUUCCCCUUCAUUCAAGCCUGGGAAGCUCUCACGGUCCCAGUGUAAACACGUCUAGAGAGUUCCCUAGUUUCACUAGUGACAGUCAGGGAGCGGACACCGCCCCCCAUCUCGUACACUAAGUGUACGAACAGUGAAUACUUCUAACAGCAAGAGGGGGAGAGGUAUAGAACCGGGGAGCGUCUGCUUCCCCCCCGACAUGGCGGCACCGCUAGCCCAGUUCGAUGAGGAUUGGCAGGAUUUCUAUGAGUUCCGUCCUCCGUCCAGCUCUGGGGAGGCCAAGAACAGCCUUGACAAGGUGAACUCGAACCCUGCCAGUAGCCAGCCAUGCAACCAGGGAGGCCUGAGUACCCUGGAGGACCUGGCGGAGCUGGACAACAGCUUCACUGUGGACAUCAUGGGAGGCUUUAAGUCCAUGGAGGACCUGGUCAAUGACUUCGAUGAGAAGCUCACUGUUUGUUUCCGCAACUACAGCACCGACACCGGGAACAUCGCCCCCGUCAGGCCCAUCACCGAGGAGGGCAUCAUGAAGGAUGACGAAAUCUGGAACGCUUUGAAUGACAACUAUGGCAAUGUAAUGCCUGUGGAUUGGAAAUCCUCUCAUACGAGAGCAUUGCACUUACCAACACUAAACCUUGCAGAGAAAGCUACAAAUGACAAUCUAAAUUUUGACCUAUCUGAUGACGAGGAGUUAAGGGAACAAUUGGACAUGCAUUCAAUCAUUGUAUCAUGCAUAAAUGAAGAGCCACUCUUCACUGCUGAGCAGGUUAUAGAAGAGAUUGAGGAAAUGAUGCAGGAAUCUCCUGAUCCAGAAGAGGAUGAUACUCCUUCCCAGUCAGACAGACUUUCUAUGCUUUCACAGGAGAUCCAGACAUUAAAGCAGUCCUCUACAAAUAGUAACUAUGAAGAUCGGGUGAAGCAGAUGACUGUUACAGAGCUAAAUGAUCUUCUGGAGGAAAUUGAGAUUGCCAUUAAGAAUUAUUCAGAGGAACUGGUACAGCAUCUGGACUUAAGAGAUGAGCUUGAAUUUGAGAAAGAAGUAAAGAACAGUUUCAUUUCUGUCCUAAUUGAAGUUCAAAAUAAACAAAAAGAGCACAAGGAAAAUGUAAAAAAGAAGAAAAAGCUAAAAAGUAACAGCACACAGAAUGGCAAGCAGGAAAGAAGUAACUUACCAGGAACGCGCUUCAGCAUGGAAGGUCUGUCAAAUGUCAUACAGAAUAGCUUUCGGCAGACGUUUGGGAGUUCAGGUGGCGAGAAACAGUAUUUAACCACAGUUAUUCCUUAUGAGAAAAAAAAUACUCCACCUUCGGUUGAAGAUCUCCAGAUACUAACCAAAAUUCUCAGUGCAAUGAAAGAGGAUAGUGAAAAAGUUCCAACAUUGCUAACUGACUACAUUUUAAAAGUCUUGUGUCCUACUUAGGAUUUUUCCAUCUCCAUUGAACGACCUCACUCGUGUUUUAGAAGAUGCAUUUUUCAUGGACACCUCAAUGUUAAAUGACCCUAUAGAGGAUCUGCUUUCAUCUGCAUCCUGUAUCAGUUUGUCGAUUUGGUGUUUUGAGCAUGUUGAUAUGAUUAAUCAGCUGUUACCAUUGUCUGUGGUAGCAGAGUGUUCGGAGCUCCUAUCAUUGCUUUUGUGGAAUACGUAUAACUUGUCCCUUAGGUUGGAUAAAUUUGAUGUGCGAUUUAUGAGAUUAGGACAAAUGUACAGUUUUAACUUGUUUUUAUGCCUCUAGUUCUAUUUUUACAGUACAUGUAAGUAAAAUUGUGCAAUGACCCAUUAAUUUUAAGAUGAGAACACAAAAGUUUCAUAUAGUUUUAUCAAACUGCAGAAACAAGUUUCAUACAGAUAUAUAGUUUUAUCUAUCAGCUGAUGAUAAAAUCGCACAUUUCAGGAACAUUUUCUCAUUUAGUCUAGUUAUAAAAGUGAUCAAAUACAAAUUGCACUGAUAUAUAAACAAGUUUUUUCUUAAAGGGUAAACAUUUUUUUUAAACUUAACAAAAUAAAACAUAUAGGGAUAGAUUCAGAUAGAAUUGCCUAUCUUUAGG